AUGCCGUGGCGCCUAGCGAGGCAGACCGAGACCCCCACGCGGUGGGGCUCGUCGGAGGGCGGCGACCCGGGGGCGGACGGCGGCGGCGCGGAGGCGCGGAGCGUGCGGUGCGAGUGCUGCGGGAUGGCGGAGGAGUGCACGCCCACGUACAUCGGGCGCGUCCGGGAGCGGUUCCAGGGGACGUGGGUGUGCGGGCUGUGCGCCGCGGCCGUCACGGAGCGGCAGGCGCGGGAGCCCGCGCUGUCCGUGGCCGGCGCCGUGGAGGCGCACGCGGCCAUGUGCGAGCGCUUCAACUCCACCGUCCGCCUCAACCCCAAGCUGUCCCUCGCCAGCUCCAUGCGCGACAUCGCGCGCAAGAGCGGCCAGCACCGGAGGAGGAGCAUCGACGGCGCCGGCGCCGCCACCGCGACCGCGCCGUCCGCAUGCGGCGGCGACAAGCUGGCCCGCGCCGCCAGCACCUGCGCGCUGCCCUACGUCUGACGACGCAGGAGCACGGUCGACGACGGGCGCGCCCGCUCGCUCGGCCUCCUGCGCUCGCCUUGCCGUGAUAUAUAUAGUAUGUGUAUAUAUAUAUACUACUGGCUGGCACGCAACAUGCAUGUGCAUGUGUAUAU